CCAACAUUGGGAUCUUCUUCCUCAGCAYUGACCAAUAUACAACGGCGAUGUGACCCAAAUUCGAGCCCGCAACCAUCGGGUGACCCAAGGAUUUGUGGAUCCGUAGACAACGGGAUUAGGAGCUCCGCAACAGCAUUACAGUCCCGCUUCAGUCCAGCAGGGAUGGACGGGAUUGAACCUUAGCAGCAAGUGGGAAGAGUAUCCUAAUGAUGCCUGCUCUGUUUAGAUGAUAUUAUAGAAUUUUUWAAAAAAUAUUUUCAUUUAAAAGAAAGUACAUGAUCUGUUAAUCUAGAACUGGAUUAUCAUACUGAAAAAAGGCAGAACUUUGCCCGAGAGUACAGAUUAAUACCAAUUUGUAUAUUUUGUCUGUAUAAAUUGGUUGGGUCUCUCCUGUGAUUGUGACGCUAAAGGCAGCGCAAUUUAUAGCAGAAGAGAAGGAAUAUUGCAAGUGCCUGCACUUUCAAAUUGCCUGCACUUCUGAGCGUGUUAGUUCUUCAAAGAAAUAGUGAAAAUACGUGAAGGUGCUGGGAUGGCUGGAGGUGGUCACGUUUUGCAGUUGAUCUGAGGGACGUGUGAAGCAUCAUCUGUACCCCGCUGACAUUUGAGAACCUAAAGGGAUGGAUCUUCGGCAUCUGUUGUUUACUUUGGCACUGGUCUGUGCAAAUGACACUCUCUCUACAAGUGAUGAACUUCUGCGGUGGCCCCAAAUCAGCAAGUGCAGAUCACCUGAACUGGAGACGUUUUCAUGUUAUUGGACCGAUGGAAAUGUCUAUAAUCUAACUUCUCCUGGAACAAUACAGCUGUUGUAUAUGAAAAGGAAUGAUGACGACUGGAAAGAAUGUCCUGAUUAUAUCACUGCAGGAGAGAAUAGCUGUUAUUUCAACACGUCUUACACCUCUAUUUGGAUACCAUAUUGUGUUAAGCUUGCCAAUAAAGAUGAAGUAUUUGAUGAAAAAUGUUUCAGUGUUGAUGAGAUAGUACUACCUGAUCCCCCUGUCCACCUUAACUGGACUCUGCUAAAUACUAGUCAGACUGGGAUCCAUGGGGAUAUCCAAGUAAGAUGGGAUCCACCACCAACAGCAGAUGUUCAGAAGGGAUGGAUUACUCUGGAGUAUGAAUUGCAGUACAAAGAAGUUAAUGAGACAAAAUGGAAGGAGUUAGAACCCAGGCUCUCCACAAUGGUCCCACUGUAUUCUCUGAAGACGGGAAGAGAUUAUGAGAUAAGAGUUCGAUCAAGACAACGUACCUCUGAAAAAUUUGGGGAGUUCAGUGAAAUCCUUUAUGUAUCUUUUUCUCAAGCAGGCCUUGAACUUGUUCAUUGUCCUGAAGAAAUAGAGUUUCCCUGGUUCUUAGUCGUCAUCUUCGGAGCAUGUGGGCUGGCUGUAACAGUGAUCUUAGUUCUGUUGUCUAAACAACCAAGAUUAAAAAUGCUGAUUUUUCCUCCUGUGCCAGUUCCAAAGAUUAAAGGGAUUGACCCUGAUCUCCUAAAGAAAGGAAAGCUGGAUGAAGUGAACUCCAUCUUAGCCAGCCAUGACAGCUACAAGACGCAGCUGUACAACGACGACUUGUGGGUUGAGUUCAUAGAGUUGGACAUAGAGGACCCUGAUGAAAAGAACAGAGGUUCAGAUACCGACCGGCUCCUAACUGAUGAUCAUCUGAAAUCACACAGUUGCCUGGGGGCAAAGGAUGAUGAUUCUGGACGGGCCAGUUGUUGUGAACCWGAUAUUCCAGAGACAGACUUCAGUGCUAGUGACACAUGUGAUGCCAUCUCCGAUAUUGAUCAGAUCAAAAAGAUAACUGAGAAAGAAGAUCUCUUGUGCCUUGAUAGGAAAGAUAACGAGUCACUUCCUAGUCUAAUCCUAGAUACAGACACCCAAGAGCCUAAUACAAAAAAUGCUAAAAUUCCGUGUGAAAAUAAUGAGCCGUGGCCACCUUUUGCCGACAGCGUUGAAGCAGCCAGUCCCCCGGUCCACACCCAGCUAAGUAACCAGAAUUCCCUGGCAAAUACUGACUUCUAUGCGCAAGUGAGUGAUAUUACUCCAGCAGGCAGUGUUGUCCUCUCUCCCGGGCAGAAAUCCAAGGUGGAGAGAGUGGAGUGUGAGGGCUGUGCCGAACAAAGCUUCACCAUGGACAGUGCCUACUUCUGUGAGGCAGACGUGAAGAAGUGCAUUGGGGUGACUGCGCGCUCGGAGGAGGAGCCACGCACUCCUCAGGAGCAGAGCUGUCACGAGGACGCUUACUUCACCACAGAGAGCCUUACCACUACUGGGGUCAACCUGGGGGGGCCUGCAGCAGAACCCCCAAGCGUGGAGAUGCCUGUCCCAGACUAUACUUCUAUUCAUAUAGUUCACUCUCCGCAAGGCCUUGUGCUCAACGCAACGGCGCUGCCUGUGCCAGACAAGGAAUUUAACGUGUCUUGUGGCUACGUGAGCACAGACCAACUGAACAAAAUCAUGCCAUAGCUCUUCUCCGAYGAGGUGUACGCAGUAUUUCACGGCAGAGAGUCAGCUUGGGCUUGUAUGCUGAAACCAAAAUGAAGUUUAGAAGUUUUCUUGUGGUUGUUAUAAUUUUAUCUGAAAUGUUGAGACAUAAAAUAUUCAUCAAAAUAUUCCUGUUGUGUUCUGUAAAUAUUAUCUAUGAAUUUGUCUUGAGGCUGUUUUACUAGCAGUGACUGUCUUGUUAUUGUGGGUGUUGAUUUUUGUGAUACUAAGCAUUGAAAUAACUAUGUUUAAUGUACAGUAAAUCAUGCUUUUUGAUAAAGCUAAAAAAAUCAGGUGGUUUAAAGUCUAAGAGUUUAAUAAAAAUCACGCUGUUGGCAAAGAUCUUUAUAUCAGUAAUUGGAAACUGAACA